AUGGCUCAAGGAUAUGAGGCCGUAAAACCCCCCAAAGGCCAUUUCUACUUGGCAGGGAGACUAUUCCCACGGGUGAAAUGGUGGAAACAACGUAACAUGCGAGUGUUGUAUUUCUAUAUUUUGAUUCUGAUUGCCACCAAUACAGCCAAUGGAUUUGACAACUCAAUGAUGAAUGGCCUACAAACCCUCUCAUACUGGCAGGACUAUUUCGACCAUCCCAAAGGACCAACCUUGGGUUUAUUCAAUUGCGUAAUGAGCGUUGGUGCCUUGGCUGGCCUUCUGAUACUGCCAUAUAUGCUUGAUCAUUUUGGCCGAAAGAUUUGCUUGGUUAUCGGUUCGUUCUUCAUGUUGCUGGGCGUGGCGUUGCAGUCAGGCUCUAUGAAUUUUUCCAUGUUCGUCGGCGCUCGAUUCAUACUUGGAUUUGGAGAUAUCAUCGUUAUCUGUACCGCGCCGUUACUUAUUACCGAGAUUGCUCCUGCACAAGAUAGGGCGAUUCUCGUCACUAUUGCUGGCGCUACUUACCAUUCCGGGGCCUUCAUCGCGGCCUGGACAACAUACGGAACAUUGAAAAUCAAAAGUGAAUGGUCAUGGAGAGCCCCCAGUCUAAUCCAAGGUUUGUUUACUUUGAUGAUGCUGGCAGUGGUAUGGUGGAUUCCUGAGAGUCCGCGAUACUAUGUCUCCAAGGAUCAACCAGAAAAAGGCUUAGAGAUCUUGGCAUACUACCAUGCUGAUGGAGACUCGACCGACGAAAUUGUUCAGUUGGAGUUCACUGAAAUCACCACUGCGAUUGCAAUGGAAAAGAAUGCGGAUCAUUCCAGUACAUACGUGGAUUUUCUCCGAACUCCUGGUAAUCGAAAGCGACUAUUGAUCAUUAUUACUAUGGGCUUAUUUGCCCAGUGGUCGGGGAAUGGAUUAGUCUCCUAUUACUUGAAUCUCAUUAUGGAUAGUAUUGGAAUCAAGGAUGCCAACCGGCAGCUGCUGAUCAACGGCGCGUUGACCUCUUUCAAUCUUGCUACCAACUUAUUCUUUAGUUUCUUUGUCGACAAAUGGGGACGACGGCCGAUUAUGCUAGUCAGCUCAGCUGGUAUGCUGGUUGCCUUUGUGGUAUGGACGGCCCUGUCGGCACGAUAUGAUGCCCAUACCAGCUCGGGGCUGGGGUCGGGCGUUUUAGGGAUGAUUUUCAUCUACUAUCUGUUCUACAACCUGAAAUCUGGCUUGAUCGCGAGUUAUACGACAGAGAUUCUUCCGUAUUCUAUGCGGGCCAAGGGGUACACCAUCAUGGAGUUUGCCAUGUACGUUGCACUCUUUUUCAAUCAAUAUGUCAACCCAAUUGCACUCGACAACAUCCACUGGCGGUAUUAUAUUUUCUACUGCUGUUUCCUCGCUGCGGAAAUUGUGGUCAUCUGGUACUUCUACGUGGAGACACGCUAUAUGCCCCUGGAAGAAGUGACUAAGGUGUUUGAUGGAGACGAUGUUGCUACAGCUACGAACCUGGAGAUGGAAAAGAUUGGAGAGUAUGGAAAGGGAGUGAGUACCACAAUCCACAUUGAGGAAACAAGAGUUUGA